AUGGCAAUGGUGCUUCUGGUGCUUUUGGUUCCCAUGUUCCUCCCGAGUUCGGGAGACGGAGGAGCCGAAGAGUGCUUCCUGCAGCUCGGUCGCGCUGCAGCCCGGGACGCCUUGAACCCCACGGCAGCGGACUCGCCGUUCGAGAAGAUGCAGAAGCCAUGGACGGAGAGGGGCAUUCGCUUCCAGCAGUGUCCAAAGCCACGAAGCGUUCCACCAUCCGAGUCUGAAGUCCCAGCACAGCCAUUGCUGCUUGCAGAGCUGCCGCAGCUGCCCCUGCCCCCAAAGAAGCCAGAGUGUCCCCCGGGCUCCAUGCUGAUUGGAGUCUUUGAUGCGGCCGCGAAUGCCACGGCCUCCUACUCCUAUAGCUGCUGCAAUGCGGGGGAGCAGUGCGGAGGCUGCUCUUACAUCAGUGGUGGCAAGUGCACCCGGUGCUCUGCAGGCUUUGUCCGACAGACGAUCCCCGUCAUCAACAAGACGAAGUGCUUCCUCUGCGACGACGUGGCAGGAUGGAAGGAUGCGGCCGGGCACAGCUGCGAGGACUACGCGGCCGUGUGCAACGGCAGCUGGCCGGAGCCUUCUUUGGACGUGGCGUUCCAGAAGCUGCGACCCAGCGAGGCCUGCUGUGCCUGCGGUGGCGGGAGCCUGUAUCCCACGCCGGUGGACCUGCCGCUCUCCUCGGCCAGCCUCUACAAGGACCAGAAGGUCGACUCCUCCCCCGAGCCUUUCACGGCCGAGAUCACGGAGGUCGACCAGGGCUGCUCCCUCUCCGCCGCGGGGCUGGAGCUGUCCACCAGCGGCCGCAUCAAUGGAACCGUGGGCUCGGAGGCGCAGGCUCUCCAGUGCGGUAUCACUUUCAUCCAAGAUCCCAUUCGUGGCAUCUCCUUCGCGGCAUCGCUGGAUGUCACCGUCACGGAGUUCUCCUACGGGAGCCCUGUGCUGAUGUUCAAGGCUUGGGGCCUGGAUGAAAUCGAGGAGGCGGAGGCCACGAAGCACGCGAAGCACAGUGCGACGGCCAAGCUCAGCAACUUCGAGUUGGAGUGCGAUCCUGCGUGCUCGUGGCUGUCUGUGAACGCUCAGACGGGCGAGCUGACAUCGGGCCGCAGCCUGACGGGGCAGGGCCUCCCACCGGAUAUGUGGGGCGCAGUGCAGGGCUUCCCUGGAGUCCCCGGCUGCAGCUGCGUCGCCUCGGCGGCCAACGGCGGCAAUCGCAGCUCGAGCCGCUUCGUGGCACUGCAGGCCCGCUUCUGGAAGGCGGGCAGCUACGACAGCGACGUGCAGGCCCAGGAGGUGGGCAGCCCCAUUGUCCCGGUGAAGCUGCGUGAGGCACUGGGCCGGGGCCUCGUGCUGACGGUGCGUCCGGGCCUCCGCUGGUUCGAGCGGCCCGGCCACGAGCUGAGCGUCCCCGCGAUCCAGGACGCCCAGGGCCGGUCCUUCGUGGUGCCGGCGGUGCCCAGCAUCCUCGACGUCCAGUGCACCGCACCCGGCUUGGCGCUCAGCUGGUCUCGGAUCACCGGCGACGUCUCUGCUGCGGGCGAGGUGGCCUUCAACCUGGAUCCGGACGGCGGUUCAGUCUCCGGCACUCCGAGCCUGGGCCUGAUGCAGGCCGCUGGGCGUGCGCGCCUCACCGUGAGCUGCCACGUGGCCCUCGGAGGCCGGCGGGGGCCUGGCCUCGAGAACCGGCUUUCCGACAUCCUGCGAAUACUUGCCCAUGCAAUGCUUGCCCCAGGUCCCCUCUAUGAUCGAGCACUGCCAGCGGCAACCAUCAACGUCCAGCUUCUCGACAAUGUCUGCUGGGUCCCCGGGCAGUUGGAUGACACGCUGCGCUGGCGCAAGUUCAGCUGCGACCAGCUGUCCACCAGCGCCUUGCAGCUGUCCAUGGGGUCGGAAGUUGGUUCGCACCGGCGCCGCCACCACCCCAAGCACUGCAAGAAGAGCCACGCCUGCUUGCAGAAGUGCCGCGAGACGCCAAGCUGCGGUGCUGCGUAUGUGGAUGACGACUGCUGGGUGCAGUCCAGUGACGGCAGCCAGAUGGAUCAGAAAAACACCAAGGAUGGGAGGCUUUUGAUCCGGGUGAAUAACUGCUCUCACAAAACUGCGGAGCUGCUGCUCGAAGCACCCGGGGCCCAGCUGGUGGCUGGCACUUACAGCCCCAGCGACGACUAUCACAAUUCCGUCUCCUACUCCCGAAUGGGACAGCUUCCCGAGGUCGUGCCAGAACGCCAGCUGGUCCUCGCCAGGGAUGUGCGCCGCUCGCUGCCGACAAGCUGUGAGGGCUCUUCCUGGCUGCUGGUCCACGCCAAUGCUUCUGACUUCACGUCCAGCACAACUGCUGCGCAGUACUAUGGUGAGGUCAUGGCUUGCUUGCAGGGGGACGUGGUCCAGGAAGCUUUCGACCGAGGUAUCGCCAAUUUCAGCCUCCACUUCCUGAAUUCUGUGAUUGAUGACCCUUUCCAGUUCGGGCACCCCUCGGCCAAGCAGAGCGGUGACGUGUCCAUCGCGGCUCCGUCGUGCUCCAAGCCGCAGAGCCCGGCAGACCUCCUCUACGGCACCGUGCAGGUGCCGGACCUCUACAGUCUCUCGGCAUGCGAGUGCUUCGGGGAGGCCUACGCCAACAUGGCCCCGGUGGAUCCGGAGUCCAACGCGGCCGUCCCCCGGAACGGAGACGGAGCUGGGGAUUUCAACGUGAACCCGCUCGACGACCAGCUGAUUUUCAUUGGGCGCUACACCUGCGAGAGCAGCGCCGGGGCCUCAGAACAGGCCAUGCUGUUGACGAUCCAGAGCCUCCAGCUCGAGGAGUGCAAGCAGGCCUGCCACGAACAGGAUAAUCAGUGCCGCUUCUACUUGCUGGAGAAGGCUUCCCAGGUCUGCACCCUCUUCUCCGCUUGCGAUGCCAUACAGUAUGUCAGCCUGGAGCUUUCCAACGAGCUGUGGGGCGUCUCCGGGGUGGGCGACGUUGCUGGCAAGUUCUGCCGCAUUGCAGACCCGCAGAGCUGCUGGGAGGACGUCCUCCGCCGGAGCUACCUCAGCCCAGCCCCGUCCAACUUGCCGCGCUGCGCCUUCCAGAAGCAGUUCGAAGCCUGCGACGCACUGCAGCUGCUCUCCGGCGAGGCCUUCGGCACUUGCACCAGGUGCGAGUACCUGCCUGCGGAUCUCUCGGAGGUGAAGCAGUCCAUGAAGAAGAUCCCGCUGCCGGAGGAGUUUUCCUCAGGCUCCCAGCUGCAGGCCAGCUGCAACACCACGUCCCGCAUGUUCGCGGGCGUCCUGGGCCCAAAGUCCAGCACGGUCUUCACCUGCGUGGGCGGCGACUGGGUCGGUGAGGAGGGCCCUUGGAGGGACUUGGAGAACCUGACAUGCCAGCAGUGCCUUCAAGUCGGAACCGAAGAUCUCCAGAGGCUCACAAACGUCUCACAGGGCGCCGCAUACUUCCUGGCGCAGCGGCGCAUCCAGGCCACGUAUGACGACAACAUCCCGGGCUGCGAGUCGGCCUCGUUGCCCACGGCGGCCAAGCUCGUCUCCACGGCAACGGGCCCGGACUUGGCACUGGAGGUGGACAAGGAGGGCAACGUGAGCCUCUCCCCGCCAAAUGCUUCGGGCACACUCUGGUGGAUCGACGCCGAGACAGGUGUUCUCCGACUCAAGUCGCCGGAGUUGGCGGAAGGCAGCUGGUGCCUCUGCUUCGACCACUCCCUCACAGCUUGCAAGUGCCGCGGCUACACCUGGACGCUCGACAGGAGUGGCCGGCUGAGCAACGGCCGGUCGCGGUGCAUCUCGGAGAAGAACGGGACCCUUGAGCUGGCCGUGUGCCCUCAGCGGACUGGGCCUCGUUCUCGUUGGUACUUCGAGGGCGGGAACUGCAUGCUGAACAUGGCGAUGGUGGACACUGCGGAGCUCACCUGGAACGUCUCCGCAGAGGCUUCAGGCUCCAGCCUGCUUCUGGCUGAAAUCACCGACACCGUGCAUGGCAUCGGCAGUUUCAGCAUCUACAACAGCAUGUACACGCAGUAUUCCUUGUCUGCCCGGCACGACGGAUCAGUAGUCGCGGCGUCCAAGACAGAUUUCCAGUGGCUGGCACGAGAUGGGAAGAUCUUGUUCAAUGACCUUGGGUUGGAUACGUACCUUCUGGGGUUCCAGAACGGUAGUGUUGGAACGGGAAGUGCCAAGCAGGCGAAUGGAGCUGAUGGACAGUGGACCUGCAGUGAGGAUGGCGGCUUGACCAAGAGCGGGCCGUCUGCCUUGCGUUGCAUCAACGCCUCUUUGUACAAGCAGACGACGCGGUACGCUCCGGUUGCUGCACCGUAUCAGGGUCACGUACAUUUGGAUGGCCCCAACCGGUUUGAGGCGCGAUGCCCGCGUGGAUUCAUUCGCGGGUGGUCAACCCAGGUGGAUAAGCAUGGGCUUUACCCUGGCAUCCACGUCGACUGCACCACGUUUGCAGGAGAAGGCGAGCUGGAAGGAUGCACAUACAACGACUUCAGCCUGUCCGUGUCGUCGGUGGGGCCCGGUGGGGCCGGGACACCCUUCAACUUUUAUUUGCGAGUCUGGCAGGCACUUGGUGAACUGACAUCCGUGGGUUGUGGUGUGACAAAGAACGGUGAUCCUACAGCGAUGUCAUCCUUUUACUUCGACGUCUAUCCAAAUGCAGGGGCGAUUCACUUUCACUGUUGCCCCAUGAAAGCUCUUCGUCCUGAUGCCCCAGACGCGGAGCCUGUGACUUCGGAGUGGUUUACCUCCGCGGACAUGGUGAAUGUUCCCGCUUGCCCUGACCAUUACGUUAUGCGUGGACUCGAAUUUCAUGGUGAUCCGAAUGGAGGACCCACGGUCGUGUCGAACAACUGUCUACUUAUUGUGGACCCAGGGCUUUCUUCGACAGAGUCCGAGCGAACGCCUGCUGCUCUUGGCUACCCAGCCUACUUUCUGUCGCUCGUGCCUCCAGACCGAGGCGGAAGCUGUCCCCAGAAGUGGUCCUGCAAGGUGCCGCCUCCAGGGACGCCGCUGGGCACUUGUGAGGCAGAGGUCUUCGUCGAGACUCCCUUCGACGUGGAGUUUAAAGACGGGAGGGGGUCCUGCGCAUCGGUGCUGGAUGGAGGCCAGCCCACUCAGGCUGUGAAGGUCUCAGACUAUGUGAAGUGGCGCUGCUCCACUGACAAUGCCUGCUUGGGCUUUCAGAGCCAGGGCUCUGACAGCAGUGGUCCCGGGAUUCUCUUCAUGGAGGCGGUGAAGGCCGUUUCGAAGACAGGCGGUGACGGAGCGGCGUGCUUCGUGAAGGUCGCGAGCUCUUGGUCGCCGGAAGAGUCUGUGCCGCUGAGCCUUGAGGUAAAGCAGGAGGAGAAGCUCCAGCGGCCCCUGCGAGCGGCUUACAACGCCACCAGGGUCAUCCAGCUUAGGACCGGUGACGAGGACAGCGCCUGGUCGCUUUUCAGCUGCAUGCCCAACGGGAUCACCAGUGAUGCGCCAGUCUCGCUGCCCCCCUACAUCCGCUGUGGCAUUGUCACCAUGAGACUCAGCGACCUCCUGGAUGCAGUGGGAGUGUACAAAGGCAGGCAGAACAAGAUCUUGAACCUGGACAUCCAGAAGACUUGCGCUACCCUCAUGCCGGCGGGAAGCGGGAAUGCACGCGAUGCCAGCAUGAAGGGCGAGAAGCUCUUGGCACUGCUCCAGGGCCAGAUGUACUUCAGCACCUUUCUGGGCAACCCGCAGCUACCGCCCUUCAACCAAUCAGGCGCCACGGAAGCUUGGUUGCUCGGUCACGGCAGCCUGACGCAGUUCGGCAAGGUCUUGUGGGGGCUCAACUGCCCGGACGGGGCCAUCGUGACGAGCAGCCCCACCACGCAGCCACACUGCUUGCAGGUCGGGGCCGGCGCCCAGACCGAGCACGAAGUGCUUUCCGGCUCGGCCUUCUGCCCUGCGGGCAGCGCUGUCAGCGGUUGGUACAAUCUCCCCGGCCAGCCGGUUCGGGGCAGCGGCACGGGCGGGCCGACAAAUUGGCUGGAGAUGCGGCUCUUUUGUCGCCCGACAAACCUGCUUGCCAGCUGCCAGCAGCUGAUGAACCCUACUUGUCAAAAGGGGGAGGUUCUCGCCGGUAUCAGCUACAGCAGCAACAGCAUGAGGGUGAAGUGCUGCUUGCUACAGCGGCGUGUGGGCCUGCGGCUGAUGCCUCAGGGCAGCAAGCCAGUGCAGAAGGAUUUCGAGGGCUACUAUUGUCCGACCGGCAUGGACCGCACCGGCGCGCCCUUCUACACCAGGACCCUAAUCCCCGACCUUGGCACAAUCAAUGAGACGGCGGCCAACGCCACGCUCAGCUGGGACAAGUGGACGGCCGAGUGGCAGGUGCGGGUCAAGCAUUCGGUGGUGAGGUCCCUCCACAGCGACGUGGUGCUGCCUGCAGAGAUCGACUUCUCGUCGGCCGACAACUUCUCGGCAGUGCCCAUCGGUCCGCUGCCGUCCUUCGCCAAGAAGCCGAAGCCUGCCAGCCCCUUCCCCAAGCACCCGCCGGCCUUCCCCAAGCUUCUGAAGUUUGAGCCGGUGCAGCCUGACUACAAGGCCUACUGCGACCCCACCUUUUUGCAGAACCCAGCGCUCUUUGCCGGCGGUGGACCCCAGGAGGGGAACCCCUGCUACCACACCUUCAACGCCGAGAAGCCAGUACCCGGCCUCCCCAAGGGCAUCACAGAGGAGGACUUUUGGCAGGCGUGCGGCCGCUCCCACACGCGCAAGUAUCUCUUCGCUCACGCGGCCUCCGAGCAGUCGAAGCUGGAGAACUGGAUAAAGAAGAGGAUCGGCGAGCUGCAGGAUGUCACCGACAUUGCAGCGCUGGCUGCGGCAGUGGCCACGGCCAUUCCCUGGGGCAGCUACUCCAGCCCUGCGUCUUCAGCCAAAAAGGUGGCCUCCAAAGAGGCAGAGAAGGUGGCAAAGAAGGUCGUGGAGAAAAAGGUCGAGCAAGGCUUGAUCUCCAAGGCAAAAGCCUUCGCAAGCAAGGUCAAGGUCUUCGCUUCCAAGUCCAUCAAGACAGCCUCGACGGCCUACGCCAAAGCCCAGAAGGCGGUGGAGGCCGUGAAAGGGCACGUCGAGAAGGCGCAGAAGACCUACGAGAAGGUCAAGGGCCUGCCCGGAAAGGUGCAGAAGAAGGCCGUGGGCGGCAUCACUGAUGCGCAGUCCGUCAUCAACAACUACUCGCCGAUCAAGAUCCCCUCGGAGCUGCAGCUCAAGAAGACGGGGCAGAAGCUGCAGGCCCAGACGCUCCCGGAGCCGUCGGAACCCGGAGACGACAGCUACAGCAAUGCGGAAUCCCAGAGUCAGGCAGAUCAUGCGGAUUGGAUGCCUUUGCAGUAUGGCCUGUCCAAGGUGAUGUGCGACCUCUUCUGCAUCCACAACUCCGUCACUGCCGGAACGUCGGCGGUGCUACAGAGCCUGCAGGAGUCCAAUGAAGUUCUCACGACGAACAUCGAGCAACUGCUGCAUUACGAGACGGAGUACCUCCUCUACAAGAUUGGCUUCCUUCAACCGCAGAAGCGCGCUGCCCAAGCCCUGGCCGAGGCCUCCACAGUGGAGCUCCUGCAGGACCUGCGAGCUCUGCCAGCCAGCUCCCGGGGCCUCUCCCGCGACGUGCUCGCAUGGCACCAGGAGGCUGGGGAGCUGCUCCUGUCUCGGGCUGCGGACUUGGGACACAACGCCUCGGUGGAGCUGUGGCCUUACCGGCUGCGGGCGCUGCGUGCAUCCAUGCAGCACUUCCAGGUGGGCCUCAGCCGGCGCCUACAGGGCGGCCCAGAUUUGGCCGCGGCGGCGCGCAAACAGGCCAUGGAGAAGCUCCAGGUACUGCAGGAGCAUUCCGCACAGCAGAGGGUGCUGGGCGAGCAAGCCAAGAGAUUGCGGCUCCAUAUGCCGCAGCCGGCUCUGAUGGACGGCAGCACACAGAUUCUCUGGAACUCGCUCCUGGAAAGCUUCUUGAGAGCCCACGAGAAGCACGCGGCCUUCACCAUGCUCCGCAUGCAGGCGCUGGACCGAAGCGACGAGGCGAUCCACAUGGCCGCCAACUUCUCCCAGUGCAGAGGUGCCGACACCUCGGCCCUGCAGGAGGCGUGGCAGCACCACCUCCGUGCCGAGGAGCGCGCCGGCGCCGGGCUGCAAGAGGCCUGGGCCGCAACGCUGGCCGCCACGGAGCGGCUGCAAGUGGCCAUGGAGGACGAAGGAUUGAUCCCGAGGCUGAUGCAGGGCGUUGACCUUCACGAAAGCUUCGUUACGGAGAGGUUGGACGGUUGCGAGAGCAGGUUCCAGGAGGUGAGCCAGCAGAUCUUCAGCCACGCGGUGGAGGUGGUGAAUCGUGCCGUGCAGCCGCUGCUGAUGCAGCUCAUCACCUUCCAGGCUCUCCACGGCUAUCAGAAGGCGCAGCUGCUGUCGGCGGGCCUGCGCUACGUGCCCACGGCCUCGCCUGCCUUGGGACUGGCCGCCCUGAAGCGCGAGCUGGCGGCUGCGGCGGCUGGAGGCGAAGAAGAAGGUGGGUACCCGUCCUCUAAAGGCCGGGCUCUGGCGCAGCGCGCGCUGGACUUGCUGGGCCGCCGCGCCUGCCCUGCGCCGGCGCACUGCGGCAGCGCGGCAGGGGCCAUGCUCGUGGCCAGCGGCUGGGCGGUGGAGGAACCCGGCGAUGCAGCUGCUGUGGCCUGUUCUCUGCCGGGCGCCUCGGGCGACGCCAUCCCCAGCAUCAAUGCCUCCAACAUAAAGCUUGUGCUCACAGCAGAGCCCUGCUCCAGCCUGGUGCUAUUGGAUGCGAUGGGGAGCUUCACGAGCAGUACCGCAGAGGGCUGA